AUGGGUGAGAUCAACCAAGAUGCCGUGGAGAAAUACCUGGAGGAGAAUCCUCAGUUUGCCAAGGAGUACUUUGACAGGAAGUUGCGGGUGGAGGUGCUGGGAGAAAUUUUCAAGAACAGCCAGGUGCCAGUCCAGUCCAGCAUGUCCUUUUCUGAGCUGACCCAGGUGGAGGAGUCGGCCCUGUGCUUGGAGCUGCUGUGGACCGUGCAGGAGGAGGGGGGCACCCCAGAGCAGGGGGUUCACAGGGCCUUGCAGAGGCUGGCCCACCUGCUCCAGGCUGACCGCUGCAGCAUGUUCCUGUGCCGGUCCCGGAACGGCAUACCUGAGGUAGCCUCUAGGUUGCUGGAUGUCACCCCCACCUCCAACUUUGACGACAACCUGGUGGGUCCUGACAAAGAAGUUGUGUUUCCACUGGACAUUGGGAUAGUGGGUUGGGCUGCUCACACGAAGAAAACUCAUAAUGUCCCAGAUGUGAAAAAGAACAGCCAUUUUUCUGACUUCAUGGACAAGCAAACUGGAUAUGUCACUAAGAACCUGCUGGCAACCCCGAUCGUGAUGGGCAAGGAAGUUCUUGCUGUGAUCAUGGCAGUUAACAAAGUAAAUGCAUCUGAAUUUUCCAAACAGGAUGAAGAGGUCUUUUCCAAAUACCUCAACUUUGUGUCUGUCAUCCUAAAGCUUCAUCAUACCAGCUACAUGUACAAUAUUGAAUCCCGAAGAAGCCAGAUCCUUAUGUGGUCAGCCAAUAAAGUAUUUGAAGAACUCACAGAUGUUGAGCGACAGUUUCACAAAGCGCUCUACACAGUUAGAACAUAUCUGAACUGUGAACGAUACUCCAUUGGACUGCUGGACAUGACCAAGGAGAAGGAAUUCUACGAUGAAUGGCCAAUCAAGCUGGGAGAAGUAGAGCCUUAUAAAGGUCCAAAGACACCUGAUGGCAGGGAGAUCAACUUUUAUAAAAUCAUUGAUUACAUUUUACAUGGAAAAGAAGAGAUCAAAGUGAUUCCGACGCCUCCUGCAGACCACUGGACGCUCAUUAGUGGGUUGCCAACGUAUGUUGCUGAAAAUGGAUUUAUCUGUAACAUGAUGAAUGCCCCUGCGGAUGAAUACUUCACAUUUCAGAAAGGACCUGUAGAUGAAACCGGCUGGGUCAUUAAGAAUGUUUUGUCGUUGCCUAUUGUCAACAAGAAAGAAGAUAUUGUGGGAGUGGCUACAUUUUACAACAGGAAGGAUGGAAAACCUUUCGAUGAGCAUGAUGAAUACAUUACUGAGACUCUCACACAAUUUCUUGGAUGGUCUCUUUUAAAUACUGACACCUAUGAUAAGAUGAAUAAGCUAGAAAACAGAAAGGACAUUGCUCAGGAAAUGCUCAUGAACCAAACCAAAGCCACUCCUGAAGAAAUUAAGUCCAUUUUGAAAUUUCAAGAGAAGUUAAAUGUUGAUGUAAUUGACGACUGUGAAGAAAAACAACUUGUUGCAAUUUUGAAAGAGGACUUGCCAGACCCACGCUCUGCAGAACUGUACGAAUUCCGCUUCAGUGACUUCCCCAUUACAGAGCACGGAUUGAUUCAAUGUGGAAUACGACUGUUUUUUGAAAUAAAUGUGGUGGAGAAAUUCAAAGUACCUGUAGAGGUUCUUACCAGAUGGAUGUACACUGUGAGGAAAGGGUACCGAGCUGUCACUUACCACAAUUGGCGGCAUGGGUUCAACGUGGGACAGACCAUGUUUACUUUGCUGAUGACAGGAAGAUUAAAGAAAUACUAUACGGAUCUUGAAGCCUUUGCCAUGCUUGCUGCUGCUUUCUGCCAUGAUAUUGACCACAGAGGCACUAAUAAUUUGUACCAGAUGAAAUCCACGUCUCCAUUAGCAAGACUUCAUGGUUCUUCUAUUUUGGAGAGGCACCACCUGGAGUACAGUAAGACUCUGUUGCAGGAUGAGAGUUUAAACAUCUUCCAGAACCUAAAUAAGCGGCAGUUUGAAACAGUUAUUCAUUUGUUCGAGGUCGCAAUAAUAGCAACUGACCUGGCUUUAUAUUUCAAGAAGAGAACCAUGUUUCAAAAAAUUGUUGAUGCCUGUGAACAAAUGCAAACGGAGGAAGAAGCCAUCAAAUAUGUAACUGUUGAUCCAACCAAAAAAGAGAUUAUCAUGGCAAUGAUGAUGACUGCAUGUGACUUGUCUGCUAUCACCAAGCCCUGGGAAGUACAAAGUCAGGUAGCACUUAUGGUUGCAAAUGAAUUUUGGGAACAAGGAGAUCUGGAGAGAACAGUAUUGCAGCAACAACCCAUUCCUAUGAUGGACAGAAACAAGAGAGAUGAACUACCUAAACUUCAAGUUGGAUUUAUUGAUUUUGUUUGUACUUUUGUAUAUAAGGAGUUCUCACGGUUUCACAAAGAAAUCACACCUAUGCUGAGUGGUCUUCAGAAUAACAGAGUAGAAUGGAAAUCUCUAGCUGAUGAGUAUGAUGCAAAGAUGAAGGUCAUUGAAGAGGAGGCAAAAAAGCAAGAAGAAGGAGCCGAAAAAGCUGCUGAAGAUUCAGGAGGUGGUGAUGACAAAAAGUCCAAAACAUGUUUAAUGUUGUAAUAUAAUCUAACUGGUCUAAACUUCAAAUAUCGUUUUACCUUUGAAGAAAACCAGAAAAUAUUCAAAAGAACUUCAACAAAUCAUCAAGUAACAGAGUAAGAGGAUCUUCAGAAAAACUACCCUGUGACUAUGAAGAAAAUACAUAUUGCUAGCCCAAAAACCCCAAGGGCAAAAUAAAGUUCAACAAAAGUGCAAAAUAUGACAAAAAUGGGUACAUUUUUCGUGCCAAUUUAUUUUAAAUUAAAAAAUAUGCAAUCCUGAAA